GGAGUUACAUCAGGCACAGGGCAAGGUACGUGUUUUACAAGUUAAUAUCUUAAUAGGUCGCAGUUCAUAUAAUUAAAAAAAGCGAAAUAACUAAACUCCACAAUCAGUUGGACCGUGUUCGUAGGAUGACAGCGUCGUAAAGAUAUUAGAUUCGUCUUUGAGAUUCGCUGGAUGUUCGACUAUGCUCCUCAAGGAAUGUUCAAAUGUCAGACGACCAGGAAGCGAAAAAAGAUGAACUGCUUGCUCUAACAAGCAUAUAUGAUGAAGAGGAGUUUCACGGGGUGGAAUCAGGAAACGAGGGUGAGAUUCAUCUGUGCCUAGAGCUUCCUCCUAACUUCAAGCUGCUAGUCAAGGGACAGACAUCCACAGAGUAUAACAUAUCAUUUCUACCUCCACUGGUUCUGAGUUUUGAACUCCCUGCAGAUUACCCUUCAGUAUCGUCGCCCAUCUUUACUAUAAGCUGCAAAUGGCUCACAAGAGUCCAGCUAUCGAGUUUAUGGUCACUGAAUGGCUUUCCUGAGAUCACUGCACUUUGCAGGAGACUGGAUGAGCUUUGGGAGGAGAACCAAGGCAAUGUGGUCCUUUUUACCUGGAUCCAGUUCCUAAAGGAAGAGACUCUUGAAUUCCUGGGAAUCCAGUCUCCGCUUGAAAUCCAAAGCAACUGCAGUCAGCAUCAAUGUGAAUCUGGUCAGAAAGAAGCAGUAGGCAUUUCUGGAGAAAAAAGUAAACCACAAGAUUUAGACCCGAGAGCUGUUCAAGAAGUUGACCCUCACACAGAUAUACUAACUCAGCUGCUGGAUUUUGACGAAGCUCAGAAGCAGAAGGUGUUUGAUGGGAAGGUGUUCUGCUGUGGCAUCUGCUACUCGGAGAAGCUGGGAUCCGACUCUUUGCUCUUCAAAGAGUGUCAGCAUGUUUACUGCAAGGCCUGCAUUAAGGAAUACUUUCAGAUCCAAAUAAGAGAUGGCAAAGUUCAGUACCUUAACUGCCCUGAGCCAAAGUGUAUGUCCAUGGCCACUCCGACACAGGUCAAACUUCUUGUGGGUGAAGAUGAAUUUGCCCGCUACGAUCGUCUUCUGCUGCAGUCAAGUCUGGACCUCAUGGCGGAUGUUGUGUACUGCCCCCGCAUGAGUUGCUGUAUGGCUGUUAUGGUAGAGCCUGACUCCACCAUGGGCAUCUGUCCUUCUUGCCGAUAUGCCUUCUGUACCCUCUGUAAGAGAAGCUAUCAUGGCCUUUCGAACUGCAUAGCGACUACUGAUGAGCUUCGCAGUUUGCGGGAUGAGUAUAUUAAUGCAAGUGAGGAGGUAAAGAAGUUCCUUGAAAAGCGUUUUGGAAAACGGGUCAUUCAGAAGGCAGUGGAGGAGUCUUAUAGCACAGAGUGGCUGAAGAGUAACACUAAACAGUGCCCUUGCUGUGGCUCUAAUAUAGAGAAGGUACAUGGCUGUAACAAGAUGACCUGUUCCUCCUGUCAGAAGUAUUUCUGCUGGAUCUGUCUAGGAGCUCUCAGCAAAGUGAACCCCUAUAGCCACUUCAACAACCCCAGCUCACCAUGCUAUAACCAAUUGUUUCAGGGAGUGGCAAUGGAAGAUGAAGAAGGCUUUGGAAGUGAUGAAGACUGAUCCACCAUAAAUGAAAAGCUUAUUUAAAAGCACACGAUCUUUCUUCAGAAUGUAUUUGCCUUUUUAGCUAUAUAUAUUCCCCCCCCCCAUUUUUGCUUUUCACUUUUACACAUUCAAAUUGGCAUUUCUGUUGUGCAUGCACAUGUCCCUUCGAAUAGUUUUACUGAAAUUUGUGAACAAACCUUAUUUUCACUGAUACAGCCAUGCUGCAAAUCAACCUAGCAAAUGUAUGUGCUCAAGUACAGAAUAUAUAUUAUAUCUUAAAUAUAGGAAUACAGUUCCUUUGCUAUAAUGUUUUCUUUUAACAAGAUUACUUGGGUAUUCUCACCAAUUUUGUUAAUGUACAUUUCAUCAUGGAAUUUUGGGCAAAUGUUGAAUAUUUCAGAAAUGUUGGAUGGACUUGAAAGUAAAGUAAAUGUGUUGACACACAAUCAAGAUUUUAAGUUAAAAUUGUAUAUAUGUAGAGUGAGAGGUUUAUCAGAUUGUCUCAGCUCCCUGGUUUAUGCAAUGCAAGUUGAAAAGAAGAGCAUGUUUAGGCACUCUACCAUCCAGAUGAUCACUGAGCUCUGCCCCUCUCUAAUCUUGUCCUCAGCAAGGCAGUAAUAAACAAUGCUCAUGCAGCAUCUGUAUCAUUUAAUAAAAUGCUUAUAAGGUU